AACCAAUUUUUUUUGUACAUUUCUAAUGAAUAUAGAAUACUCAACAUCUUUAGUAGGAGAAGGACAGGAGGGGUAUCUUAUAAGAAAGCAUGAAUGGGAAUCAACAACAAAAAAAGCUUCAAACAGAUCAUGGGAUAAGUUGUAUAUUGUUGCCCGAGCUGGUCGUAUCUGUUUCUAUAAGGAUAUAAAAAGUUUCAAAAGUAAUCCUGAACUGACUUUCCGUGGUGAGCCAAGCUACGAAUUACAAGGAGCACAAGUUGAGAUUGCUAAUGAUUAUACUAAGAAAAAACAUGUUUUGAGAAUCAAAUUGUCCAAUGGAGCUGAAUUUUUAUUACAAGCUCAUGAUGAUAAUGAAAUGGUUUUAUGGGUAAAUUCUGUAAAGGCUCAAAGUGAAACUGGAACUGUUGCAGAAAGCAGGUCGCAAACAUUGCCAGCUAUUUCACAAAAGGAUGAACCAAAGCGAAGAUCUUUUUUUACUUUAAAAAAAAAAUAAGGCUAUAAUAUUUAUGCGAUCAUACAUAUAACAAUGAUAAUUUCAAGUUUUUAUGCUUUAUGCACGAUAAAUAUGCUAUAUUUAAAAUAACUUAUAUUUAUCUUUAUUUAAAACGAAACUAAAGUAUGCAUUUUAAUGUAUUCAAUAAAAUAAAAUAUUACUUAUAAAA